AUGGCUCAUCACCGAGAUAUUCAUGUUGGUAUCGUGGGAGCAGGCAUUGGCGGCCUUGCAGCAGCCAUUGCCUUGCGACGAGCUGGAGCUCAGGUGACGGUCCUCGAAGCUGCGAAGGAAUUGGGCGAGAUUGGUGCCGGGAUCCAGAUGACACCUAACGUAUCAGUGCUCCUGCAGCGGUGGGGCGUUGACACUGUGAUCGGCAAAAACCUGGUGCAGUUUGAGGAACUAAAUAUGCGCCGCAAAGACGGAACACUCGUUGGCCACACCAAGAUCCCCAUCUUGGAGCGCAGCCUCGGUCGUCCCUGGUGGGUUGUCCAUCGUGCCCACCUUCACGAGGGUUUGGCGACCGUUGCGCGGGCCUUGGGAGCCGAGAUUAUAAUCGACGCCCAAGUUACAAGCAUUGAGUACCAGAGCUCAGACACGGUGACGGUGGAGACAUACAAGCACCAGACGUACAGUUUUGAUCUCCUUGUCGGCGCAGACGGAAUCAACAGCGUUACCAGAAAGACUUUGUUCCCGAAUGUCCAGCCGGAGCCCCCGACGACGAACUGCGCAUAUCGAGCCAUCGUGCCUUAUGAUAGAAUUCGACAAGAUCCGGUCGCAAGGGAAUUGAUCGAGAAGAAGACGAUGGAAGUAUGGAUGGCUGAGAACGCCUAUAUCAUUACCUAUCCCAUCAGCGAUGCGAAGCUCUUCAACCUCGUCUUGUCACAUCAUCGCCCGGAGAAACUACGUGCUACACAGAACAAUGUCCCAAUCGAGGAGCUCUGGAACGAGUACAAGGACUUUGAUCCUCGUAUUAAGCGCAUUGUGGACAUGAUAGACAAGACUUCUCGCUGGCCCCUGAUGGUCACCGGACCCAUGAGCUCGUGGUCGUCUCCUCGACAAAAUGUCGUGCUCAUGGGAGAUGCCGCCCACUCCAUGGUCAACCACAUGGCCCAAGGUGCCGCGACUGCCAUGGAAGAUGGGGCUUUCCUAGCUCGAUGCAUCGCCAAAGUCGUCCAGGGCGAACUCCCAAUCGACGAGGCCGUCACAAUUUACGAGCAAGAGCGACAACCCAAGGCUUACAUGAAGCAGCAAGUCUCAUUCUUAAACGGUGCCAUCUGGCAUUUGCCAGACGGGCCCGAGCAGCGCGCCCGAGACGCUGCCAUGGCACCAGAGCUCGAGGGCAAAUACUACGUCCGCAGCAGCAACCUCUACGGUGACCCACAGACUGUCCUCGAAGUCUAUGGAUACGACGCCGAGGAGCACGCCGAGACUGCUGUGAACAGAUAUCUCAGUGAAGGCAAGGAGCGAGCUCACCCCGAGACUGGCGUGACGGAAACACUGCAACGUAAAUAUAUGGACUGGUUUGUGGCCCAGAAAGAGGCCCAUUUAGAACAAGCUCAGCUUCAGUCAAGGUUGUGA